AUUUGUGGUUUUUUUAAUACAAUUUCUCCAAAUUAUUUUACAAUAGUUUUCAAACUAAAUCAUGUCAAAUAAGAACAAAUUAAGCCGUGAUUCAUCCAGAAACACGGUUAAAGGAAACGAUCACCCUGUUAUGGAAGGCGGUUCAAAUCUGCCAAGGCACGCUCAAAAUUUUGACCUGGGUCUUGCUAUGACUGUCUCAAUUAGAAAGGACGAUAUUGAAAAAAUUAUGUCCAUCCAGAAUAAAAGCAUCAAAAACUUUGCAAGAACCAACGAACUGCUUGGAAAGUUUAAUGACUUCUCAUCAUCAAAGUAUGAUGUCUUACAACACAUGUUUCUUCAACAUACACGACUUUUGGUUGAUCUUAAGAAAGACUUGACAAAUGUCUUCUUAAGGAUAAGACGUCUCAAGGUAAGACUACAGAGACAAUAUCCUGAGUCCUUUGAAGCAACGUUUAAUCUGCGAAAAGAUCUUGAAGAUCGUUUGGAAAAAGAAGAGGCAAGUGAACCAACUUAUGGUACCAGUUCAAAAGAAAGAACUAAGAAUAAGAAAGGGAAAAGCAAAACUAAGAAUAAUGAAAAAGAAAAAGACGAAGAGGAGAAAGGUAUGAGUAAAACACAAAAUAAAAACUCUGAGUUGGUUGAUAGCAAAAUUGUUGAGGGAAAUGAUGGUUUGAGCUCAAAAAUUAAGGGUCCAGAUGUUGAUAAUGAUCAGGUUCAAAUGCAAGACACUGUAUUGCUUAACAAUGCAGAUAAAAUCAGUGAUUCAAAGCCUGAUCAUGGAAAAAUACCUAAGACAAAAUCAAUUAAGAGAGAAUUGUGUGCAAUGGAUAAAACACAAUUUCCUGCAAAUGUGGAAACCUGUGUUACAAGUGAUAUGAUUGAAUGUGAAGAAAGAGACAAAGAUGAAACGUCUGGUACUGACGUUUGCACAAAUGUGAAAGUAAAUGAGAAUGUAAGUGAGUGUCCUUGUGGGAUUGAAGAUAAUGAAGAUGGGAUAAAGAGGGUAACUGAGGAAUACAGGGAUCAUCAGAGGACCAAUGACAAACCAGUCCAACAGGACUCAAAUGACACUUCUUUUACUGGAGUGAAAGACUGUGAUGAGGCAUCAGAUGUUGAUAAUGGGGAUACUCAUGUGAUAGAAAAGGAUCCUGAAGGGACUGUGAGGAAUUCAAGCAAUGCUGAAGAUUGUGGGGAUGUUAAUGAUGAUUCCUGAAAUCCGAUAAGAUUCGGAUAUUAUGUUGAAUGAAACUUUUAGGCGAGUUGUGGCAAAACAUUCGCCAGUCAUGUAAUAGCAUACGUAAAUCCUUUUUUUAAUUGACAAAAUACAUAAAAAUUAAUUGACGAAUUAUGAAACCCAUUAAAAUUAAUUGCAAACAUUGCAUAUUACUUAGGAACUAAAU